GAGCCGCUCAGUUGUGCGAAGUUUGUCAGGUAGCUUAGCUAAUGGAGUCGAUAGCUAGAAGUAAACACAAGUGGCCUUAGAAUGUUUUACCGUCUUAUCCACUGAUGUACAUAAGUCCUCUGAGAUGGAUGACGUCAAUUUACACUACAGAUUCCUGAACUGGCGGCGCAGGAUCAGAGAAAUCAGGGAAGUUCGUGCCGUACGAUAUCAAGAGCGAUACAAGCGAAUGUUGAAGAACGGAGACACGCUAAGUUACCAAGGGAACUCUGAUGAAGUUGGCUGCUACGUGGCUCCACGCCCCUUAUCAAAGGGAAACUGUUACUUUGAGGUGACCAUAAUGGAUACCGGAGUGAGAGGGACGAUUGCUGUUGGUCUGGUUCCUCAGUAUUACAAACUUGACUAUCAGCCCGGCUGGCUUCCACAAUCAAUUGCUUAUCACGCUGAUGAUGGGAAGCUGUACAAUGGCAACCCUGUCGGUCAGCAGUUCGGCCCUAAAUGUAACCGUGGUGACCGAAUCGGCUGCGGUAUCUAUGCAGACAGUUUUGAUGCUGGACUCGUCACUGUGUUUUUUACAAAGAAUGGAAAGGAGGUGGGGUCAGUGGUUGUGCCGGUGGCUCCAGAUGGGCUUUUCCCUGCCAUUGGCAUGCACUCCCUCGGCGAGGAGGUACGGUUGGACCUGCAGGCAGAAUGGGGUUCAGAGGAGGAGGACAGUGUCAUGAUGGUGGACAGUCAUGAGGAUGAAUGGGCACGCCUGUAUGACGUCAGAGUCAGCGGCACGCUUCUGGAAUAUGUUGGGAAAGGGAAGAGCCUGAUGGACGUGGGUCUUGCUCAGGCCCGGCAGCCCCUCACCACCAGAAGUCACUAUUUUGAAGUAGAGAUUGUGGAUCCCGGAGAGAAGUGCUAUAUCGCCCUGGGUCUGGCAAGAAGAGAUUACCCAAAGAACAGGCAUCCGGGCUGGAGUCGAGGUUCUGUCGCAUACCAUGCAGAUGAUGGGAAGAUCUUCAAUGGAAGCGGAGUAGGAGAUCAGUUCGGCCCUCGCUGUUUCGAAGGGGACAUUAUGGGCUGUGGAAUCAUGUUUCCUCGGGACUAUGCACUUGACUAUGAAGAUGAAAUAGACGACUGGGAUGCUGCUGAUGUACGACCAAAGCAAGGCAGAGUCGAAAACCUGCUGUAUUUGAAUGAUGAAGAUGAGGAAGAGGGAGAAGAUCCAGAACAAGAACACGAGGGCCGGAAGGUUAUGGUGUUCUUCACCCGAAACGGCAAGAUCAUCGGCAGGAGGGAGGUGGUGGUUCCUGUCGGAGGCUUCUACCCCUCCAUCGGGAUGCUCAGCAGUGGAGAAAAGGUGAAGGUGGACCUGCAUCCACUUAGCGGAUAACAAAGCAACAAUUGCACAUCUCCAAUCCCGCUGUGAGCCACAAACGCUCGAAAAAAGACCAUGAAGAUUAUGCUGAGAUUUCUCUUUCCUUUCUUUCCUUCUUACAUCUGAAAGCACUUCCAAAUGCAAGCUUAACACGUCUAACACGUUCACUCCAGUGCAUGAUUCACGGUUGAACAUAUCGACAGCGUUCGCCUCAGCUUCAAACGGUUUACUGUGAAAACCACAUGCAGGGAAAAUGUUCCAUAAUGGGCAUCACAAUAUAUUGAGCUGUUGAAUAAUACUGUACGAAGAAAACGUUAUGUUUAUUAAAAAUGCAUAGAAAAUAUUGAAUUAUAUAUAUAUUUUUAACGUACAUGUACAUAUGUAAAUUUGAUAUAUUGGCUGCUAUACGAACGUUUAUUUAGCAGAACUCAAUCAUGAUUAUAAUUAGACGGCUGGGGAAAGUUCUAGAUAUGGUAUGAGGGUAUUAAUGAGUAUUAUCAAUAUCAUUAUAUUAAUGUUUAAAACUGUUUUUCGUAAGCAUUUCCUCACAAAUGAUGUGAAAGUGGGGAAAGCAUGUUCUGGUUUUUCAGUAACACUUUACAAUAAGGUUUCAUUGGUUAAUGAUAGAGAAUGCCUUAACUAAUUAUGAGAAAUACACUUGUUACGGUAUUUAUUGAUCUUUAAGUUAACAACGAAAGAAUACUGUAGCAAAUUUAUUCAUUUAAUGUUCCUUAAAAAUAAUGUUAAGUCCAUUAUAAUAAUUUUAAUCCUUUAUAGUGGAAUCGUUAGCUGUGUUUAUAUCUAAAGAUUGGAAAAUCAUGUCAAACAUUUGGUAAUAAAGCACAGAUUUCAUCCAAUGACUCAAAGAGAACAAAAUCAUCACUUCCUGAGAAACCAGCUCCAUAUAUCAAAAAGAAAAAUGCUAUUUUCUCUAGUAGGAGAAGCCAAUGAUGGCCUUUUUUAAAAAUAUAUAAUAAAUUACUUGUGCCUCAGACGAUGAAAUGCAAUGAAUGGUAGAUAACAUGGUGCAUUCACACCAGACUUGGAUGAAGCUUUAAGUGUGAGUGAUUUACAGUUGAAGUCAGAAUUAUUAGCCCUCCUGAAUUAUUAGCCCCACUGUAUAUUUUUUACCUCAAUUUCUGUUUAAUGGAAAGAAGAUUUCUAAACAUAAUACUUUUAAUAAUGAGGACUAAGAGGGCUAAUAAUAUUGACCUUAAAAUUUAUUUUUCUUUUAAAAUAAAAACAGCUUUUAUUCUAGCCAAAAUAAUACAAAUCAGACUUUCUCCAGAGGAAAAAAUAUUUUAGGAAAUACUGUGGAAAAUUCCUUGCUCGGUUAAACAUCAUUUGGGAAAUACUUGAAAAUGAAAAAAAAAAAAUCACUAAAGGACUUCAACUGUACAUGUUAAGUCUAUGCAAAGACCUGAGACAUCCUGGGAUGUAGUUUACGUGACUGAGGCGGUACAUAUUCGAGCAAAUGAUUUGAGCAUUUUUGACAUUUGAUGUAAACUGCUCUAAUUUUAAAAUCUGAAUUUUGGUGCCAUGUUAACCAAUCAGAAGCUUGCUGUAGUAGUGGCUGUUAUCCAGGCACUCUGAAGGAUUUGAUGGACCCCGAAUCGGUCCAUGCCAUUUUUCAGUCAUCCAUAGCACAUAAAGCACAACUACCUUCUCAACAAAAUCCAUGUCAGCCAUUUUGCAACAAAACUUGUGUGAUCUUACAUUUGUUGUGAUGCGAAAUUCACACGCAAAUAAAGCGAUGAUCAAGGGUCUAAUUCUAUGCGGAUAGCACAGUUUAAUUGUGUAAGGCGCAUCCGGUGUGAAUGCCACAUAACAGAUCUGCAUGAUGGAAUUUAUUCGGUGAAUGUGUUUCCAUCAUAGUUUACAUGCACUUUUUCUUUUCAGAUAAAAAGUUUGUCUUAUUCAGUUUUGUGCAUGUUUUUACAUGUGCGCUUUAGAAAUUUAUGUGCAUCUUUUCAUUUCCAUUAAGCAUUUUAUUAGCAAUUUUUCAAAAUGCAUAAAAAUAGGUCAAUGGAAACAGCUAAUGAAAUAGUCAUUGGAAAGUGUGACUUUUAUAGCUUAAAAAUUAUAUUGUAAUCAAUGUCAAUGAAGUUAGCUAGAUAUAUGGUUUCUUAUCUGAUAAAUGGUUGGUAAUGUAUAAGGUUAAGUUUAAUUUAGGUUAUUUUUUAUUGUAAGCUUAAGUUAAUGUAUAAGUCAAGUUGUCCCAUUUUUGGCGUCCACAUCAUAAUGAAUUUACAAAAGGGGUUUUUACAAAUGGGUCAAACUCCUUGUGGUUAUUAAUUAUUAUUUUGGGGCUGCACUUUUUCAAAAAUAUGCCUGACAAGAUUCGAUUUUUUGUAUAUAUAUAAUCUGAAUGACAUUGUAAAUGUACGAUUUUGUUCACAAAAAAGUAAUUUAAUUUAAUAAAAUAAAAUGAUAGACAUAAAACUACAUCCAAUAUUUGAGAAAGAACUUUAACUGAGCUUAUUAAAUGCUUUAUAAGCAUUUUUAUUUAUUAUGAUCACCAGUCAAGUCAACUUAUUUGAACAAAUGAAACCUUACUGCAAAGUGUUCUGAAUGAGAAUGUCAUAUCCUGUCAAGUGCCAUUUUUUUGUUAUUAUUUCUGUCUGAAAAUCAGUGGUUGAGGGCAAUAUGCUCGGCAGUAAUUAGCAUGAAGUAAUUGCGAAGUGCAACAUCAUAUGAGGUGAGUUUGAUCGUCUCUGGUUGGAUAUAUCAAAUGGUCAUCAAGUAAAUGAAAUUUCCACUCCACAUCAGAGAGAGAAAGACAAACUUGAAAAGCACACACUGAUCAUAUGACUUCAUGUGGGUCUAUCAAUGCGCAUCCUUUUAGUUCUUCUGGUAGAAAUGUCAUAUUUUACUUCAGGUCAUGGGUGUUUUAUCAGAUAUUUCAGUGCAGAUGCCACAUUGGAGUCUGUUUCUUCAGGCAUCGUCCACUGUAGUGUAAACUCAUGCAUUUCACAAACGCCACAAGCACUUUAGCCAAGCCUGAACUUAAGCUGAUAUCGUGGGACGAUCAAGCUGCCAUAAAUGCAGGCCUCUAGACUUCAUUUUGCACACCAUAUGCUGUUCUGUUACAUAUCAAACCAAACCAAACGUUUCAUAUUACAAACUUGGCCAAAUGUGAUGUCUCUUUCAGUAUGGUAUCUCCUCCAGCAUGUCUAUAAUCCAAGUUAAACUGUUUUAUAUCUCAUUUAGGGGUAACACUUUACAAUAAGGUUCAUUAGUUGAUGCAUUUACUAACAUGAACUAAUCAUGAACAACACUUGUACAGCAUUCAUUAAUCAUAACUGGACAUUUACUAAUGCAUUAUUAACAUCCAAGUCCAUGCAUAGUUAACAUUAGUUAAUGCACCGUGAGUUAACAUGAUCUAACAAUGAACAACUGUAUUUUCAUUAACUAACAUUACCUAACAUGAACAAAUACUGUGGUAAAUGUAUUGUUUGUUGUUUGCUCAUCUUAGUAAAUGCAUUAAUUAACAUUAACUAAUGAACCUUAUAGUAAAGUGUGACCCAUUUAAGUUGUCAGGAAGCUGGUUAUGUUCAGAAUGGCAGACUAGCUUGUAUGCUGCAUACUCUUUGUUGUGGAAACUCAGUCAAAAUUGUAAGAUUAAAAUCUCAUAUUUACUUGAAAUAAAGACAAAUUUUCCAGAUUGUAUACAGUUGAAGAAAAUUGUUAGCCAUUCUCUAAAAGUUCAAUUCUUCUUUAGUUAUUCCACAACUGCUUUUCAUUUUUUUCAACACCUUUUUAAUAGUUUACUAAACUGAUUUCUAAUAACUGAUUUAUUUUGUCCUUGAGAUAAAGUACAUACUAUUUUACAAGACACUAGAUUUAGCUAAUAGUGCAAUUAAUAGUGUUAUGCCUCAUUCACAAUAGCCGCAACUUUGUAGCUGCCUGUCGCUCUGGUAAGUCUACAGCACAGAAAAUACAACUGGCCUCUGCAGGAGCUGAGAGAGGAUCAUGUGAGCUCUACUAGUGCUGCUAUUGGCUGUCGCUCAAGAAAGUCGCUCUUCAUUUGCAUAUAGUUGAAGGAUUCUCAACUUAGUCGCGUAGCUCAACACACCCACCUGAUCGCCAACGGUCACUAUCGCUCGCGUAGAUGGAGGUUGCUGGUGUUGUGCCAAGAAAUGCACCCCCUCAUAGACUUUCAUUAGCAUUCUCAGUCUACAUUUAAAAAAAUAAAAGGCCAUAAUUGAUUAAAAUGUAAACAUUAUUAUUAUUUUGUUGGCUAAAGCAAGGACAAGUAGUGAAAUGCAUUUUAAACAGCACUAGGUUUACAAAUAAAUGUGAAAUAAUAAUGUUGACUGUAGUGUAGGCUAAAAUUAGGCUUUUUGGUGGGUUUUAAACAGACAUUUGGGCUACAUGGAACACAUAAAAUUGUUGUUGCUGUUUUAAACUAAACCACACAUUAAACAAUUUACUUAAUCUCAUCGUUAUUUUAUUUAAAGUCAACCUAUUUAUUUAUUUAUUUAUUGAUAUAUCUUCUGUAAGGGAAAAGUUCCAUUCAUGAAACUUACCUCAGUCACAUUCAUUAGUGUCAUAACUUCAUUUAAUAGAUGCACAUUUUAGAGGGGGUACAUUUACGGCAGGGGUGCGUCUCCUGGCACAACACCGAAAGUCGCUCAUUCCAUUAAAACGAAUGGUCGCUUGUCACUUUGUCGCUCGAGUUGCUCAUAGUGUGAAUGAGGCUUUAAUUGGGUUAACCAGGUUAGAUUAAUUAGGUCAGAUUAAUUCGAUUACAUUAGAUUAAUUAGGCAAGUCAUUGGACAACAGUGGUUUGUUUUGCAGCCAAUCAGGGGAACAAAGUUACAAAGUGGGCCAAUAAUAUUGACUUCAGCAGUUUCCACCUUUUAAAAAAUGUUUUGUUUUUUUUCCAGCCAAACUUAAAGAAAUAAUACAUUAUCCAGAUGACAAAUGUAAUAGAAAACAAAUUAUUUCGUUCUCUAUUAAACAUCACUUGAGAAAUAUUUGAUUAAGAAUACAAAGUUCACAGGAGGGUGAAUCAUUUUGUCUUCAACUGUAAAAUAUUGCCUUUAUAAAAAAUUGAAGUGGCAAUUCUGAGAAGAGGAAAAUCAAAGGUGUGUGAUAUUAAUUCAAAAUACUCAUAUAACAGAUAUUAAUUCUUACAUAAAGCUUUUUUUUUUAAUCCAAGGGUAUCAAUCUUCCAUAGUAAGUCCUGCUUUAUUGCUAAAUUUAAAGACUACGUUUAUUAUUGUCUUCUAGCCCCACCACAUCAUCUUUAAUAUAGUGAGUGGGAUUCCUUUGCUGCUUUUCUAACAUAAAAUUGGAGUCAAAUGUGUUAAGUGGUAUUAAAAACUGGUAUUUAAAAAAAAAAGCAUGAUCGUAUAAGACGAUUCAGCGGUCAUUGGCCACAAAUGGAAUCAUGAUAUAUAAUGCAACGUGCACUUUUUGGUAUUUUCAUGUGUACUCUGCAGCUCAGUAUGUGAUAUACCAGCCUGAUCUCAUAAGGAAACGUAACUAUUUUACGUUUUGUCAGUUUAGUGGCUAAUUCCUAUGAAUUCGCAUGUGAUCAGUUGUACGAUAGCUCCAAACCCCACUUCUAAACCCAACCGUCACUGGGGAAUAAGUGAGUCAGUCAUGUGUAUUUAUAAAGAGCAUUUAUUGUGAAUGGCCAUAAUCAUGAGGAGGGGGGGUCUCUGCACACCACCACCAGUGUGCAGCAUCCACUUAGAUGAUGCGAUGGCAGCCAAAGGGCAACGGUGCCAGUGUGCUCACCUCACACCAGCUAUAGAUGGAGUGGAGAGACAGAGAUAGAGCCAAUUUGGCGGAUGGAGAUGAUUGGGAGGCUAUGAUCGCAAAGGGCUGAUGGAGGAAAUUUGGCCAGGGUUACACCCCUACUCUUUACGGGAAGUGCCAUGGGAUUUUUAAUGACCAUAGAGAGUCAGGACCUCGGUUUAACAUCUCAUUCGAAAAAUGGCGCUCACUGACAGCAUAGUGUCCCGUUCACUUUACUGGGGCAUUAGGACUCACAUAGACCGCAAAUUGAGCGCCCCUUGGCCUCAUUAACACCACUUCCAACAGCAACCUAGUAUUCCCAUGUGGUCUCCCAUCUAGGUACUGACCAAGCUGAGCUCUGCUUGGCUUCAGUAAGUAACCGGUCUUGGGCUGCAGGAUAAUAUGGCUGAGGCAUAAGUAAUCAUAUUAAAUUGUACAAAUAAGAUCGAAUGGUUUCAUACGAAUUGCUGUGAAAUAUCAUUGGAUGUACUGCAGAACUAUAAAAGUAGUGUGCCAUUCUGAACAUACAGUAUUUGACCCAAGAUUUUCAAAGGAUGUGCUUCAUUAAAUAAUGUUCUUUGAUUUAAUAUUUUAAAAAUCCCCAGUGGUUUUAAACACCCUGCAUGCUUAUCACAAAUUAUUUUCUGCUGACGUUUUAAAGUAAAAACACGUUAAAUAAGAAUCACAAUAAAUGAUUGUCACUUGAAGGAGAGGAGAAUGGACGUCGCCGUCUACUAAAGCUCUUCCAUUUGGGGUUGGAAAUGAAUUUUCCAGAUCAGAUCAUUUAACAUAAAGAAUUGCUUGUGUUCCAGACAUAAAUUGACAGCGCAGGGAAGCCAAAACCAAAUACCUCUAUCAGUUAAGCUUAUGCAAAAAGCCAAGCGGUUUAUCCUCUCCAAGAUCAUCUGAAUUCCUCUGCUGGAAUGUUGGUCGCUUGGCGCAUAAAUGGGGCGAUGAUCGUUUUUGGGUUCACACAGUCUUACGAAAUGGAGACUCGCGUUGAAGAUGUUGCUCUAAUUGUAGCAUGCACUCUUUUGCUAAUGUGUAAAUAAUAAACAAACGGUUAUUUCCACACAAA